UACAAAUUAUCACUUCUUACAAAUAGCGUUUUUUUACUACCCUAGAGAAAAUUAUUUGCAAUGCUUUGAUGAGUUUGAUCAUUUUAAUUUCAGGAGAUGAUGAGUGCUGUUCGUCUACGCAUGUCGUGUCAAACUUCAGAGUGUGCAUUGCUGUCUGAGUAUACGCUCUGAUUUCUUAACUGAUAGAAGACGACCCUUUUUAAAUGUUUUUUUUAUACAGCUGCCGGCGGCCUGUUGCCCGCAAAUGCACACGAUAAUGACGAUAUAUGUAACAAUUAAAUUAAACGAUUAUUAAUAACGCUGAUAAACAACAGAAAUGGGCGGCCGCAUUAUUACAGACAACAUUUGCUCUAAAUGGGCGGAAGCUGGUGCCGUUCCCAGGAUGGAAACCGUGUUUCGGUGUUGAAUUUCAAUGCUGAUCCGCUGACGUAGAAAAUCUGUUGCCGUCGUACUAUCUCAUCUGUAAUGGUGAGCGGACAGCGGACUUAAUAAUAUUGUAAAUUGUUGAACACCCGGUUAUAAAAAAAUGCAAAUUUAAAGAAAGUUUUUGUUUUUCGUCGUUCAGUUUGUUAUUAAUGCAAGUUUUUUGCUUCCGAAUUGCAAAGCCCCUUUUAUCUUUUUAUGUAACUUACUCGUACACUUUUGUGGCUUAACUUACUUUUGAAAAAUUGCCAUAUUUAAAUUCCCAAGGUACUCUAAGAAUGGUUACUGUACUCUAAGAAUGGUUACCCUUACUACGGGUAGCUAUAGUCUUCAUUAAAGUUAAUAGAAGUUGAUAGAGAAUUUAAAAAUGUCACAGAGGCAAUUUUUCAAAAGGACGUUACAUAAAAAGAAAAAGGGUAGGUGCAUUAUGUAUAAGAACGUACCGCAUUUGUAUGAGAAUAGAUGAGGUAUAAAAAUCCUGCUUAAUUGUUAAUGCACCGGUAAGAACAAAUGACUGCAUUUGCGGCUUGUUUAUUGUUUGGGCACUUUUUUUACCGCAAGCUUAAAUUGUUAUCGUUAAUACAAGGGUGUCAUGCUGCUGCGCAUACAUUUCCCUCAUCCGGAUGAUCGGAUUAUAGCUUGCUUCCUUGCGCGCAAGUUAGGAGCAAGCCGUCACAGCAACGCGAGCAACUUACAAACUGGAAACAGUUAUGCAAGUAUGUGUAAUGAACGAACUUUAUCCACCGGCAAUGACAUUGUGAACACCACCUUUGACACCAGGAGCAUCUUGACCCGUACAGGACAGGCUGUUGCUCGCUGCGGCAUGUGCCGCUGUGCAUUGGAGUACUAUAUACUAGUAUGAGUAGUAUCCAAAGCAAAGCAUCAAAGGAACGAUUCGUAUACAUGAAGAAAGUGAAAGAAAAUUCAUUUUUCAUGAGUCGAACGUGUAUGCGAUGGCUUGCAUAUUGUGUGCGAAAAUUCCAGGAUGACCACUACCGCAUUUCUGAUUGUGAAUCAAAUCGCGUUUAUUUUAUUGAGACAUUGUUCUCCUAUAUGUCACUGGUAACGGUGCUCUAAUGAUUUUCUUUCGAUCUGCUGCAGCCCAAUUUCAGGCGUCUGAUAUUUCUCGAGUUUGUUAUAAGAUUAGGCGAUAGUAAACUGCACGCAUAGAAAAAUGGUGAAAUUCAAUUCAUCAAUUCCUACCUUAUUAGCGCGGUACUGUUUGGUGACCUUUGUAAUGUCAGUGAUAGCGCGUAUUUCCGCCCAGAUUCCGUCAUGGGGUUCCUGUCCGACAGUGGAUACAGUGGCAGACUUUGAUAUUAAUCGGUAUCUUGGAAAGUGGUUUGAGAUUGAAGCCUAUUUCCAUUUUUUCGAACUCGGAUUAACCUGCAUAACGGCUGAUUAUUCACUAAGCUCCGUAUCUUCGGUGCAGUCGGGAUUAGAAAGUCGACCUAUGAUAGUCGUGCGGAAUUCCGGUUGGAACUGGAUAUAUGGAAAUGAAGUUGUUACUUUGGGUGAAGCUUACGCUCCUGACCCUAUCCACGAUCCCGGGAAAAUGAAAAUACGCUUUCCAAACGUUACGGCUGGCUUUGUUCCUGUUAUGGAUACAGAUUACUGGAUUUUAGACACUGAUUACACUUCGUACGCCGUCGUCUGGAGCUGUACUUCCAUGGAUAUUUUUGGAGCUUCCUUCAUGAAUGCUCAGUCGCUCUGGGUACUCAGUCGGACUCCGGAGCUCAGCCCUGAUCGAUUACAGCGAAUAAAAACAUGGCUUACGAGACUUGGCAUCAACUCUGCCGGUUUAAUGCGUCCCUCCACAGAAACAUGCCCAGCAGGUCGGAAAGAUUUCAAUGGAACAACCAGUAAAAUCAACAACAUAUUCUUCGGCAACGGCGGGACACAAAGUAACGACGUAGCGGUUCGGUCACUGCUACAUUCCUCGCUGUCCACGUUACCAAACAGCAUGAUGCCGUUGCAUCCUCCCUCCCAGUGGCAGACACCUCAGUCCCACAAUAUGGUCGACAUAUUCCCCAAACCUCGCAACAUGGAAAUAGGGCCGCUGAAUUUCCUAACCAAUCUAAAAGAAAGAACGUCAGGUUUUCGAUCAUCAAAAAAUGUCCGCACCGCUCAAGUAGCAACAUCCAUAAGAAUAAAACCGUUUAGAUCUGGGAGAACUCAAAGAAAUUCGUAUUCUAAUCGACCAUAAAAAUGAGAAAUUGAAUAGCGAAAACGGAUGUUCUGCUUUAAAAGUGGGAACAAAAGCUGAUAUGUUCCAUCACCAUCCUGAAAACUGUGUGAUAGUCGUCAAUGUUCACAGCGGAUACGGUUUCAUCAGUUCGUAGCAAACGCUCUCACCUGUGAAUCUCUUUUUCUCAUCGUAGUUUCAAAAAGCUUGCCAUAAUAGUGUUGCAGUGUUCAGAAUGGCUGACAUGCGGAUCAUGUUCUGCAUGGGCAAAGAUGUACAGGCUAAUAAGAAAUAAGAAAACUUAUA